CAUCCGAGUGCGUGUGCCAGAAAGAAAAGAGGGGAGAGAAAGAGAGAGGGGAGAGAGAGAGGGGAGGCUUUACUGGAAACCCAGUCUCUCCCAGUCCUGGGACCCGCUGAGCUCCUCCAGCCCGGGACUGAGUGUGUGUUUGUGGGACCACGUCUCCAAGUUUCAUGCUGAAGAUCCGCGCGUCAACCUGAGGUCCAGGGAGUAAGGGGGAGCAGCAGGUCUCAGAGCUCCGAUGCCAGUGGACAUGCAGCCACACCAGGGGCUGUAUCACUACGAGACCUCACCCAGCCAGCCCUCCAGAGGCCUUGGCCCCCCCGACCAGUCUCCCUACAGCGAUGUGUCUCCGCUCCGCGCUUCCAUCCACAACGGCCCUGCCCAGGACUGUCGAGCUAUGUAUAAUCCCAUGACUCCCAGUAUGACUCAUGGAUCGGGACCAGCACAGGGGAUCGGCCACUGCAUGGAUCAAUACAUGAGGCCCCCCCAGGCCCCCCCGCCCCUCAGCGUGAUGGGCCACAGGGGCAUGCCGCCCACGGAGGGUGGCAACAGCACCCCCUACUGUUCCCAGAACAACAUGAUGUCCUCUCACCAUAACUUCUGCCAGGUUCAGCCUGGCUCUGACCACAUUGGAUCUGUUGAUGGGUCGAGGUUCAACACACCUCGCUCCAUCCUGAAGCUGAGCAAAAAGAGAGCCCUGUCCAUCUCUCCCCUGUCCGACGCCAGUGUCGACCUGCAGACGGUGAUUCGGACAUCACCCAACUCCUUAGUGGCCUUUGUCAACUCGCGCUGCAACCCCAACGGAGCCAGCUCCUACGGUCAUCUCUCUGUCAGCGCCAUGAGUCCGUCUCUGGGUUAUUCCAGCAACAUAAACUGCCAAUCCAGGCAACACGGCAGCAUGUACGGUGGAGGCGGGGGGACGCACCUGGGGGGACACACACCAGGUCCCUGCCAGGCUUCACGCUUACCUCCGCACAAUCCUCGGCUGCACGUCACGCCCAAGCACGGACACCUGAAAACGGAGCCAGGGCUGGGCAGUGUGAUGGAUGGCAUCAGUUUGAAGAGCCUGGAGGAGAGAUCAGAGGGAGAUGUAGCCAGUCCGUCUUCCACUGGAACUCAGGACCCUCUCAUGGGUCUCCUGGACGGCAGAGAUGACUUGGACAAAGACGACAUGAAACCGGAGCCAGAGGCCGUGUACGAAACUAACUGUCACUGGGAAAGCUGCAUCAAGGAAUUUGACACACAGGACCAGCUAGUACAUCACAUCAACAAUGAGCACAUUCAUGGCGAGAAGAAGGAGUUUGUGUGUCACUGGCAGGAGUGCAGCCGAGAACAGAGGCCGUUCAAAGCCCAGUACAUGCUGGUGGUUCACAUGCGCAGGCACACGGGAGAGAAGCCACACAAGUGCACUUUUGAAGGCUGUAACAAGGCCUACUCUCGCCUGGAAAAUCUGAAGACCCACCUGCGCUCUCACACCGGGGAGAAACCAUACGUGUGUGAGCAUGAAGGCUGCAACAAGGCCUUUUCCAACGCUUCGGACCGCGCCAAGCACCAGAACCGGACUCACUCCAAUGAGAAACCGUACGUAUGUAAGAUCCCCGGCUGCACUAAGCGGUACACAGAUCCGAGCUCUCUACGUAAACACGUGAAGACGGUGCAUGGCCCCGAAGCCCACAUCACCAAGAAGCAUCGGGGAGACACGGGGCCUAGACCCCCUGGCUCAGCUAUGACCCCUGGAGGCCAGAACUCUGAACUUCUGCUGGAGAAAGAGGAGACACGCAGGGAGGACUGCAAACUGCUGGCUCCUGAGACUGCUAUGAAAUCCCAGCCAAGUCCUGGAGGUCAGUCAUCAUGCAGUAGUGAACGUUCUCCACUGGGGAGCGCCAACAACAAUGACAGCGGGGUGGAGAUGAACCUGAAUGCAGCCGGCAGCUUGGAGGAUCUCACAGCGCUGGAGGACGGAGUGGCAGGUGGAGGAGGGGAGGCAGGAGGUCUGGGAGGAGCGAUGGGAAUGUCAUCGCAGGCUUUGAAGAGGCUGGAGAACCUGAAGAUUGACAAGCUGAAGCAGAUCCGCAGGCCCACGCCUCCUAGUCGCUGUGCAGGCAACAAGCUACCAACACUUCCUGGUCCAGGGGAGAAUAUAGGGAUGUGUGCACCUUCUCCGCUCCUUUCAAAUCGACGUGUCAUGGAGCUGUCCAACCACGAGUUGGGAGGUGGGACUUCGAUCGGCUGCCCCACCAACGACAGGAGAGGAAGCGGCACCAGCAGUCUGAGCUCUGCCUACACCGUCAGCCGUCGCUCCUCCAUGGUGUCUCCUUACCUGUCCAGCCGGCGCUCCAGUGAGGUCUCACAGAUGGGAGGAACAGGAGGGGGACAGUGUCACCUCUUUGGCCAAGAGCAGAGUGGGGGAGAUGCCCUCUCUCCUGAGACCAAUCGCAGAGGAGCUCCGUGUCCUGGUGGAGGAGGGGGAUUGCCGGGUCUUCCGAAUUUAACACCCGCUCAGCAAUACAGCCUAAAGGCCAAAUACGCUGCAGCGACUGGUGGACCUCCACCCACUCCUUUACCCAACAUGGAGCAGCCAGUAACCGCGGGCCGAAGAGGAGGUGUUUUGAGCGAGUACCAGGGUCAGCCUCUGCCCCCGUUCAUCCAACAAGCCGGGCCACGUAGGCACAGCGCACUCACAGAGUAUGGCACCGGUGUUAUCUACCCACACCAGGCUCCAGGAAACAGCAACAGACGAGCCAGUGACCCGGUUCGAUCAGUAGCGGAUCCACAGGCUCUACCAAAACGCUACAAUAGCCUUAAUAACGUGGCCAUGAUGAGCAGAAGGAAUGCACUGCAGCACCGUGGCUCUGACACCAGUCUCUCCCGCCACCUGUACUCCCCUCGGCCGCCAAGCAUCACCGAGAAUGUAAUGAUGGAGUCUAUGGGCAUGGAGGCCCACCUCUCCCCUGUUGAUGCCAGAGAUCGUUCUCUGAUGUUGCCCCCUAGAGAAAGAAACUUUAUGGGAUACCAGCAACAGCAUCCAACUCUUGGAGGAGGUGGAGGUGGAGCUGCUCUUUCAAACCAGCUCUCCCCAAGCCAUGACUCUCUGGGCUGCCCGGACCAGGCUUACAUGCAGGGGCACUAUCCGAAUCCGGCAGGGGAAGUCACCUCACGGGCUGGCGGAAAUCCAAUGGGCCAAGCAAGGCCGAUUCAUUCAGAGGGCAUGUCCAAUGCACUUCUCCAACAGGCCGAGUACAGUAUGAGCACUUGCCAGCUCAGUCCCUCGGGUCCUCAUUAUCCCAGCAUCGGCCAGGGUGGUGACGCUGGAGGCCCUUGGAGUGACGCCCACAGCCAAGUCCAAACUUCCAGCCAUCCUCUGCAGAACCAGCGAGGAAUACAGUAUUCAGACCCCACCCUGCAGCCUCAACAGACACAGGCCCACUUCAAUAAUCAGACAGGCCUCUAUAACAGCCCUGAUGGAACCCACAAGCUCACCAUCAAGCCCGAGCAGCAGUUCCACCCUGGGAUGGGAGGCAGAGAUGCGUGUCAAAGUGCGAAGCUCCAACAGCAGCAGAUGCUCCUCCAGCAGACUCAGGGUUACCCACAACAGACAGCCCAGGUUAUGAUGAGGAACUCUAACAAUCCAAGUUGUGACUUUCAAGGCCAGGCCCAAAACUCUUACCCUGCUAGAGGGGGCCUGAGUUUGGGUUGCACUGGAACUGCUCUUGCGGAAGGGCAGAGGCCAGAAACCCCCAUGAUGCAGGUGAAGGAAAUGAUGGUGAGGAACUAUGUACAGUCCCAGCAAGCUCUCAUGUGGGAGCAGCAGCAAGAGCAGCAACAACAGCAGCAGCAGCAGCAGCAGCAGCAGCAGCAGCAGAGUGGAAUAAAACCUCCUUCACUGUCCGAAAAUAUGGAUAUGAGUGGCCAGGCAGUGAUGAUGCAGCGCAGCCCACAGCACCAAAAUCAGAACCUUUAUUCGAACCAGACGUAUCCUUCCUACCCCAACCAGAACCUGGUCAUGAGUCCUCCAGCCCACAGCCGAGGGCCCAGCUCUGUGACACCUAAAGAGCAGCAGCUGACAGGUCUACCAGGCUCCUGCUAUGGCCAGGAGAUGGUGGUCCCCAGGCCGCCGCAGGUACGGAAAUCCCUCAGCCGCCAGAACAGCGUGCCACAGGUAGGAGUGGGCUACCUGGGCAGCCCACCCCACCUCAGCCCUGUCCACUCCACUCCCAGCCCCAGACGAGGGGUCAGACUUCCUCCAGUCCAGCAUCCGCAGCACCCGCAAAGCGAAAUGUUCUCCCCUUCCAAUAACAACAACAUCUACUACGCGGGUCAGAUCAACAUGGAUAUGGACAAACACAUGGACCCCCAGAACGGGCCUUGUAUCAACCAGCAGCAUAGUAUGGCAUCCAACCUGGAUCCAACAGUUGGCACUAAGUCUGCUCCCUAUACUGAGUCCGGCCCCAUCUCCAAUGCCUUAGAAAACCUGGACCUGGACAAUGCUCGCAUAGACUUCACCUCCAUCAUCGAUGAUGCUGACUCUUCCUCCUUCAGCCCGAUCAACAAUCCCCUUCAGGGAUCUUCCUCUCAGGCCUCAUCGCGCCUCAACACCCCUCAGACUUCUGUCAGCUUAGCCCCAGGCUCUGGAUUGUCCAACAUGGCCGUUGGUGACAUGACAUCCAUGCUUACCUCGCUGGCUGGGGAGAAUAAAUACCUGAACACUCUGUCUUAGAAGACAACUCCUUGUCAGCGCAGCAUAUACUCUGACUAACAAUCAAACUGAGGCCUUGGUGAGGUCUUCAAGUAGACAGCCGGGAGUGUCACACUCCGAAGUCCUGUCGCUUAUAGUGACUUUCUCUUGUAUGUUGCAAGAACGGUCAGUUGGGGUGAGACGGACAAACGUUUGGAACAUUUCAUGUAAUGACUCAUUAGUCUGGGCUGUUUUAUUCGUCCCCAUAAGCCUUCAUAAAUGAACCCAACCGUUAACCCUUCUCCGAGCCAGGGCCCUGAACUGUCAAGGGGUCUGUUGCUACUGGAUACCAAUGUAACAGGAAUAACAAUAUGCUGUAAUGCAUGCUGGUCGCAAGUUGUGACCAAGCUAAUAAUGUGGUCCCAUUACAGGUUUCAACAUUUUUAAGAAUCCCCACCCUAAACCUUAAAACCAAAGGUGCCUGGUCAAUUUCGCUCGUUGCUGUAUUCUUCCAUCACUGCCUUGGUACUUGGUAUUUUUUUUUUUAUGCCUGAUAUGAAACUGACGCUGAACUUUUUCCAAACAGGCAUUCCAGUCACAUAGGGCUGUGGCGAACAGUGGAGCAGAGAAUGAUACGUGUAAAUAGGUUUUAUAUACAUUUAUAUAUGUUGUGUAUAUGACAAUGAGACUUUGGAUAAAUCCUCCGCUGUCUCCUGAUCGACUGCUUGGACUCUGAAGGUCAACGUUCAGACGGGAGUUGUUAAGGAAGCGAUUCGGACGGAUGAGAGAGAUACGCUUUUUUAGUGAUUGAGAAAUUAUUUCUCGGUGCUACUAAAUAUUAAUCCGCAUUGCUAGAGAUUUCUUCCUCGUCACGAACGUCACACUCACACGCACCAGGGGCGUAUCAGUAUUCCCACAUGUGCACAAAUGCAGACAAAGACACACACAGGCCCUGUUCAGACCUGGUAUUCACCUCCAUCCUGAGGGAUCCACUCACAAGGGGACAGCGCAGGUCCCUGAAUGCAUCACGUGAUACACCUCUUUCAAUCGCCUCUUUCAAUCUUGCUCGCUUAGACACAUCUGUAAACUCACACUGGGUAAAAAGUCAUAAUUUUGUCUUCGUGGGCACAAAUAACGUACCUGAUAAUUUGCGUAUAGAGCAGGGAAGUGAUCUCACGUGGUCACAGGAGACACAUUCAGGACAAAUUUAUAUACCAGUCGUGAACAGAUGAACUUAAUGUUGUCCACUUGGGGUAAGAGCUCUCAGGGCGGAUGUUAGUACCAAGUCUGAACAGGGCCAUCGUAUUCCCACACAUGCACACACACACACACACACACAUAUCCCUCACACAGACACUCAGGAUUCUGAAUCUUUAGUGUUCAGAUUGUGUUGUAAAUUGCCUUUUCCAGACAGAGAGUUUGCACUCCACAUGUUUACUGUAUGUGUUCCUAAAGCAGCUGUGUACAUUUUUCAGUGGUGUUUAUGUGACUGAGAAACAGAGUGCCUUGCUCUUUCUAAGGUGCACACAUAGGGGUUACUGAGUCAAGCUCAAAUGUUAUAUGUGUGCCACAAUCCCCUCUGUGUUACUAUAUGUCUGAUAUACUCAAACAGAACUGCCUUCGCUCCACAUUAACUAAACCUACGACUCUUACACGACUCAGCUGAGGAUGACGGAUUAUUUUUUUUGGAAAUGAAACCCGAGUCAGCUGGUUUUGUAUUUGAUAAAAGAUCACUAAUCGAUGCCUUUAAUUGAGAGCUACAAUCGUCGUACAGUGCUGCUGCACCUUGGCUCGAAUCCCAAAGAGGAGUUUAUUUGGAGAAAAAAUCAGCGUCGCGAAUUCAGGACAGUGGGAUCAAGACGGAGGAAUUUAAUCAGUUGCUACCACUGUAGUGAAACACAUAUUUUGAUGGCUACGCCGAGGUACUUCUGUGGGACUGUUGAGCUGUAUCACAUGAAUUAAAGGCUGCAGCUCUUGGCAGGAGGACUAAUUUUACACUGUGGCUUUGCACUGACUACAGCACUGUGCGGGAAGGUCUCUGUUUCGCAUAACUAUUCACAUGAACCCCAUUUCGAGAAGAAUAACAAAUUGUCAUUCGACAUCCGAGCACAGCCAGACUCGGUAAGGACACGUAAAUACUCUCUUUAAGCGACUUUAUCAGAAUGAAACAGUAGCGUCCCUUCAAAGUGUUAAUGAGCAUAAGCAGGAAAUGAACAUAUAUUCAUGUUGGUACAGUGUACAUUCUACCAAAGACACCUUCAAAUGCCUGAGAAAACGAUGCACAAAUAGUCAAUGUUAACACAACACUAACACUAGCAAUAAGCAACACUGACUGAUAGUGCUGUUCUUUAGAAUGUAUGAGAAGUUUUGUAUAAAAUUAUCUUUUAUAUUAAUGAA